AUGCUACUAUCCAGGAAAUCAAACGAUGUUAUGGCAACAUCUAGAGGCAGACCGAUAAAUUCGAGAUUGGUUGAACAUUGGAUUGAUUCAAAGAAUACCGCAUAUGACGAGAUUUCGUAUGAAUUUACACUUAUCUACCAGGCAAGCCGUGAUGGAUUUGAUGAUAAAAAUUUCCGUAGCAUGUGUUCCAACAAGGGUCCAUUCAAGAUCAUCCAAAUAUAUUUGAUGCCUGAACCUGAUGGAAAGUCGACUGCAGGAGCACGCGCUCAAUAA